AGUGGCAGGGCCUCGCUCACCCACUUCCGGCGGCUGCGGCGGCGCAGGCGCAGCAAGGCUGACGCAGGAGCCCGGCGGCUGGGGGCGCGAUGCCGUACGCUAACCAACCUACGGUGCGGAUCACGGAGCUGACCGACGAGAAUGUCAAGUUCAUCAUUGAGAAUACUGACCUGGCGGUGGCCAAUUCCAUUCGGAGGGUCUUCAUCGCGGAGGUGCCCAUAAUAGCCAUUGACUGGGUUCAGAUUGAUGCCAACUCUUCUGUGCUUCAUGAUGAAUUCAUUGCUCACAGGCUUGGAUUAAUUCCCCUCAUUAGUGAUGAUAUUGUGGACAACCUGCAGUAUUCUCGGGACUGCUCGUGUGAAGAGUUCUGCCCCAAGUGCUCAGUGGAGUUCACCCUCGACGUGCGGUGCAAUGAAGACCAGACCCGACAUGUCACCUCUCGAGACCUCAUCUCCAACAGCCCUCGUGUCAUUCCGGUGACAUCCCGGAACAGAGAUAAUGACCCCAAUGACUACGUGGAACAGGAUGACAUCCUCAUCGUCAAGUUGAGAAAGGGCCAGGAGCUGAGACUUCGAGCUUAUGCUAAGAAGGGCUUUGGCAAGGAACAUGCCAAGUGGAACCCUACUGCAGGAGUGGCUUUUGAAUAUGAUCCAGACAACGCCUUGAGGCAUACAGUGUACCCCAAGCCCGAGGAAUGGCCAAAGAGUGAGUACUCGGAGCUGGAUGAGGACGAGUCACAGGCUCCCUACGAUCCCAAUGGCAAGCCAGAGAGGUUUUACUACAAUGUGGAGUCCUGUGGCUCUUUGCGUCCUGAAACCAUUGUCCUCUCAGCCCUCUCCGAAUUGAAGAAGAAGCUGAGUGAUUUACAGACUCAGUUAAGCCAGGAGAUCCAGAGUGACGUACUAACCAUUAACUAGCUGAACUUGCCUGUUGCAGCAAAAAGGGGAAUGGAAACCGGCAGCUUUGCAUUUGGGUCUUGCUUGAAACUCUUUGAGUUUCUGAGAUCAUGGCAGUUCAUCAGUACCAACUAGAAGGGGGUCAUGGAUAGAUUACAGGGAUGCCACUGGUGUUCAAGCAGGAUAGUUUUUUUAUGGCCCUGCCUGCUCAUUGUCAGCAGUGCCCCCAGAACCCAACACAUGCCUGCCAUCCUGUUUCCAAACAUGCCUGUAGGGGGCCACGCUGCUUCCCUCUUGAGAUCCAGCUGGACUUCCCUGGUUAUUCCAGCUCUUUACUUGAAACCCUUUCUGUCCAAAAGGAGGACUCUCCACAUUGUACCUUUAGCUUUCUGGUGUGAGGAUUGACUGCCACCACCUUUAUUCAGGGGGCAUACAAACCACUCUUCAGUCCUCCCCAGGGCCAGCAGGCACUUCAAAUUCCCAGGUGUCCCUAAUUUGAGAAGUAAUCUUUUGGGACCACCAUUAGACCCCGAGUGUCCCCUCUCCCCACAGACAGACACAGUAUUUCAUUCUCUCCUCACGAGUUAGGAACCCCUUCACCACUAGUAGCCUGAUCAUUCAGUCUAGGUGGUGGGGGCAGCAAGGGACCUCCCACAUACACAUAAGGAAUGUUUCAGUCCUCCCUAAUGAAGGUUCUGGCCCUGACCCUUUAGAACUGUUUCCAGGUAGGAGCAUACCCAGUGCAGUUAAUUAGACCGUCUGGAGAAAACCAGAUAUCCAGUACAGAAAGGAAGGGAUAUUUAUUGAUUAACAGUAGUUGUCUUUUUAAAAGUGUUUUAUUUUUGGCAAUAAAGAGCACAACAUAAUCUC